CUACAUUUCCCAGAAGGCACUUGAAACGCAGGUGCCCCGGCAACUUGUUGCCUCGUGAGGAAAAUAGGGGUGACCUCCGCGAUCACCCGAGUAGUGGGAGAGCCGCUGUCAUUCUCAACCAGCUGAAAAUGGCUGAGCCUAUUAGAGUCCUGGUUACCGGCGCUGCUGGUCAGAUCGCAUACUCUCUGCUAUACAGCAUUGCAAAGGGAGAUGUCUUCGGUAAAGAUCAGCCUCUCGUUUUGCUUCUGUUGGACAUCACUCCCAUGUUGCCUGUGCUGGAGGGUGUUGUUAUGGAGCUGCAGGACUGUGCUCUCCCACUUCUGAGAGAGGUCAUCCCCACUGAUAAAGUGGACGUUGCAUUCAAGGAUUUGGAUGCUGCCAUCCUGGUGGGCUCCAUGCCAAGAAGAGAGGGCAUGGAGAGAAAGGAUCUACUGAAGGCUAAUGUUGCCAUCUUUAAGUCCCAGGGGGAGGCGCUUGACAAGUACGCAAAGAAAACAGUCAAGGUUCUAGUUGUUGGUAACCCAGCCAACACUAACUGUCUGAUUGCGGCCAAAUCCGCCCCAUCCAUCCCCAAAGAGAAUUUCUCCUGUCUGACGCGCCUGGAUCACAACAGGGCUUGCUCUCAGGUGGCAGUGCGUUGUGGCAUUUCAGCAAACGGUGUGAAGAAUAUGAUCAUCUGGGGAAAUCAUUCGUCUACGCAGUACCCUGACGUCCACCACUGCAAGGUGAAUGUGCAGGGGAAGGACGUGACUGCCUUUGAUGCAGUGAAGGACGAUGCCUGGCUGAAGGGAGAUUUCAUUUCUACAGUGCAGCAGCGUGGUGCAGCAGUUAUUAAAGCCAGGAAGCUCUCCAGUGCCAUGUCAGCCGCCAAGGCCAUCUGUGACCACAUGAGAGACAUCUGGACAGGCACUCCCGAGGGUGAGUUCGUAUCUAUGGGUGUCUAUUCCACUGGAAACCCUUAUGGAGUACCUGAGGACCUCAUUUACUCAUUCCCUGUUUCAAUCAAGGAUAAGACCUGGAAGAUUGUUGAAGGUCUGGCCAUCAAUGACUUCUCAAAAGCAAAGAUGGACGCAACAGCAGCUGAAUUAGUGGAGGAAAGAGACACCGCUGUCUCCUUCCUGGGUGUGUGACUAGAAACCCAACUGUCUACACCACUCUUAGAUGCCCAGAAAACUCAAGAAGCACGUUUGUAAAACACUCCUGAAAAUCUUUUUCUUCCCCUGAAACUGUUACACAAAUACUAGAACUGUGUGUACUUGAAUUUCCUAAAACUGUUCAGCUGGAUUUUGUCUGAUAAUUCAGAAUUGGAAUCUAGUCCAGCUGUUUAACAGGGACUUUGGUUGUUUCCUUUCUAGUUUUUGGUCUUCCACCAGAGCAAAGCUGUCAUAUAAUGAGAAAAAGUGGUCUAAAACAAGAUUUUAAUUAAUCCUAGAAUGCCCUUUCCAAUCCAGAACUGCAUAAAGGAGGACCAAAGCCUGGAAAGGACUCAGAGUACAUGGAUUAGGUCAUUCUGUGUCAUUGUCCAGACUGAAAUUUCAGCUGUUACAUAUCUGACAGGAGCCAGAAAUGAUCAAGGAAUCUUUCUUGUUUUAAUUAAUUUCCUUUGGCAGUGUGGUUACUGUAACAGAUGUUUAUAUGUAGAAUCCAGCAAUAAAACCCAGACAUUAAAAUGCA